CGUCACGAGUGGAUAGUGGAAGAUACCGUCGGAAGUCAAGUGGAAAAAAGUUAGAAAUUUGCUGUUGAAUUUUGCUAAUGCGUUACGUAGGGAAUGUUAAGUGCAACGUAAACGACAUGUAAUAGAAUUUGUAUUCUCACAGCCUGAUUAGAAAGCAAUGCAAGCCAGCAGUAUUUUGAAAGUAAAUGUCAACACAAACGUAUCCUAUGUCAAACUAUGUUUCGUAAAGCAUUUCAGCUGAUAACAGUGACGGUGAUACGUUUGAAACAGUGGGCUUGGCCGAAAGACAAGGUGUAAGCGAGUGGCUGUGUAAAAGCCGAUGUAAAACUAAGUACUGUGUGUACUAAAUGAAGGAAGACGUAAAUGUAGAGAGAUCUGGAUAUGUUUAUCGUGUAAACGGUUCCUGAAAGGAGUAUUGGAUAUAUUGAGAAUGUCUGACUCUGCUUCUCCUGGCUACCAUCAGUUAAGUGUCACAAUUGAAUGUGCUCAUCUUCGUGGAAACAGUAGCUUCUUGAAACCUAAUCCGUAUGUAGAGCUCUCUGUCGAUGAGAAGACUCCAAGAAAGACAGAAGUAGUGAGAAACACAUAUCAACCAAGGUGGAAUGAAGAGUUCACAGUGUUGGUUACUCCUCAGUCACAGCUUCACUUUAGGCUUUUGGAUCACAGCACAUUUCGCAAAGAUGCAGUCAUAGGAGAGAAGCAGCUCAGUCUUUUUGAAAUCCUUACACACUACAAUGGAAAAUGUGAGAAUUUAGAACUUACUGUAGACAUGAUGAGUGAAACUAAACAUGAUACCCAACCAGUAAAAGUAGGUGAUCUUGUCAUGGUAUUAAAUGGCAUGCGUGUUGAUAUGAGUACUCAACUAGCCAAUGUUCAGCAAGAAAACCACACAAGGAGUCUUACAACUGCAUCAACAGGGCAACCAAAUAAUGAUCCACCUGGAGCAAACAGGAGUAUUCUCAAUGGUGGUGUACGUGCAAGAACUCGUCAGCAAGGGAGCGAGAAUCCUUUGGCUGGUUCAUCAAGUAGAAGCAGUACUCAUUCAGUUUCAGGUUCCAAUUCAAUUAAUCCCUCAAGCCCUCCAUCAGCAGCCACAAUAAAUGGAACAUCAGUGCAAGUACCAUCUGGCGGUGCAUCUGUUUCGGGAGCACCUGCACUGUCAGCGGUACCAUCACUCCCCACCAUGAAUGGUGUGUCAGCAAUUAAUGGCAUGCCUAGUCCUAAUCCAGUUGGUGUACCACUUGGACAGCCAGCAAAUGGUGGCAUUGAAGCACCCACACAGAGGGGUCAAGCUGUAGGAGUUGAAGAGCCAUUACCUGCAGGGUGGGAAAUGAGGUACGAUGUGUACGGUCGGCGUUACUACGUUGAUCACAACACACGCAGCACUUCUUGGGAGCGCCCGCAGCCUUUACCCCCAGGUUGGGAAAUCCGAAGAGAUCCUCGAGGUCGUAUAUACUAUGUAGAUCACAAUACACGCACUACAACUUGGCAGCGACCGAACUCAGAGAGGCUGCAGCAUUUUCAGCAUUGGCAAGGAGAGCGCGCACAUGUUGUGCAGCAAGGCAAUCAGCGUUUUCUUUAUCCCCAGCAUACAUCAGGUGCGGCAUCAACAGUUGAUUCAGAAGAAGACAAUCUUGGUCCUCUUCCAGCUGGAUGGGAGAAAAGGGUGCAACCUGAUGGUCGUUGCUACUUUGUCAACCACAAGAACCGCACUACUCAGUAGGAUCCUCGUACUCAAGGACAGGAAGUUGGAGCUGAUGAAGCGGCUCUCCCACCAGGUUGGGAAAUUCGAUUAACGGAAGAUGGUGUCCGUUACUUUGUUGAUCAUAAUACAAGAACAACAACAUUCCAAGACCCUCGACCUGGAGCUCCAAAGGGGCCAAAAGGUGUAUAUGGUGUGCCCAAGGCAUAUGAAAGAUCUUUCAGGUGGAAACUUGGACAGUUUCGGUACCUGUGUCAAAGCAAUGCACUUCCUAGUCAUAUCAAAAUAACAGUAACUCGCCAAACAUUAUUUGAAGAUUCUUAUCAUCAGAUUAUGAGGCUACCUGCUUAUGAACUCAGAAGACGACUUUACAUUAUUUUUAGAGGAGAAGAAGGUCUUGAUUAUGGUGGCGUUUCCAGAGAAUGGUUCUUUUUGUUGUCACAUGAAGUACUGAAUCCAAUGUAUUGUCUUUUUGAAUAUGCAAACAAGAACAACUACAGUCUACAAAUAAAUCCAGCUUCAUAUGUAAAUCCAGAUCACUUACUAUACUUCAAAUUUAUUGGUCGUUUCAUAGCAAUGGCUCUUUAUCAUGGACGUUUCAUUUAUUCUGGAUUUACAAUGCCAUUUUAUAAGAGAAUGUUAAAUAAAAAGUUGACAAUGAAAGACAUUGAAUCAAUAGACCCAGAAUUCUACAAUUCACUUGUUUGGAUUAAAGAUAACAACAUUGAAGAAUGUGGCCUAGAACUCUAUUUCAGUGUCGAUUUUGAAAUUUUGGGUCAAGUAAUACACCAUGAACUGAAAGAAAAUGGUGACAAGAUCCGUGUUGUUGAAGAAAAUAAAGAAGAAUACAUGAGGCUGAUGACAGAAUGGAGAAUGACACGUGGCAUUGAAGAACAGACCAAAGCAUUCCUGGAUGGUUUCAGUGAAGUGGUACCUCUUGAAUGGUUAAAAUAUUUUGAUGAACGUGAACUGGAGCUGAUGCUCUGUGGUAUGCAGGAAAUUGAUGUCGAUGAUUGGCAACGUAAUUCAAUUUAUCGGCAUUAUACCAGAAACAGCAAACAAGUUGUAUGGUUUUGGCAGUUCGUCAGGACAACAGACAAUGAGAAACGGGCAAGACUGCUUCAGUUUGUCACUGGUACCUGCAGAGUUCCUGUUGGAGGUUUUGCUGAACUCAUGGGGAGUAAUGGUCCACAGAGAUUCUGUAUUGAAAAGGUAGGCAAGGAAACAUGGCUGCCAAGAUCUCACACUUGCUUUAAUCGACUUGAUCUCCCGCCAUAUAAGAGUUAUGAUCAACUUGUUGAAAAGCUGAAUUACGCUAUUGAAGAAACUGAAGGUUUUGGACAGGAAUAGUAAAAGUGCCUACAGUGCUACAAAAUGUCCAAUUUAAACCCGGUACCAAAAUAAUUUUGAUGAUACAUGCGUGCACAGUUGUGUUCAUGCAAUACUAUCAUGUUGUUGCAUAUUUUAUGACUUUGUAAUAUUGUAUAAUGUAUAAUUAAUUGUCCAGAGGUGUACAGAAAGUAAAAUGUCAAAUGUUAAAUAUGUGGAGACUAUAAUUAAAUCUUUUACAUAAAAGUGUACCUGCUCUGUGUGUGUGUGUGUGUGUGUGUGUGUGUGUGUGUGUGUGUGUGUAAAUAAGUGUGUAACUAUUGAUGAUUGCUGUGUGUACAGAUUGAUAUAAUGUAAAAUAUUCCAGUGAUGCAUUUUAAGAUGAAAGAACUGUUACUUGAUUCUGUGAUUAUUGCACUGAUAUAUAUUAGCCAGAUGUUGUAACAUAUUUUCAUGUGUAGAUAGUGAUAAGGUUUCCCAUAUAAAUAUGAACAUAUGAAAUAUCUGUUGUACAUUACUAAAAAAUGAACAUUUUAAAUGAUAAAAAUUUGUGAAUAUUAUUAAUAUCAGGUUAAUAAAAAGUGCCUUUCAGUUUCGGCUGGUACUGAAAGCAGUCGUGUGUACUUUACAUUUAGUGUAUUAUUUGCAGUGACUCCUUUGCACUUCAUUCCUGUCACUUGCACAACUUUUGGAAAUUUUUGUGUUAGGAUAAUUUUAUAGGUAAUGUUCACAGAUUGAUAUUAUUUGCAAUAGAAAAGAUAUAUUGAAUGUAUAGGAUUUCAUCUACUCACAGAUUGUAAAUUUAAUUCCUUAAUCAUUGAUUAGUACUGAGCAUAUAUAUAUAUAUAUAUUCAUAGCACACUACUGUUCAUUGAGUUGGCUCAGGGUUGUAUUGCCAUUUUGGAAGAAGAAGGGAGGAGGGAGUGACUGUAGAAUAUUUUGAAAUACAGCCCAUUGAAGCUCAUCUGCUGUAACCAUAUAGAAGAAUAUAACAUGUAUUUUAUGCCAAGAGCUUGAAAAAUAAUGUUUGUCUCAUAUGUGAAAGGUCAGUGACUUGUAAUCUUUAGCCUGAUCCCUCAGAGGUGCAAUUAUAAUUAUUAUUGUAACAACUUAAAUAUUUGUGUUAAAGUUUCAGACUAAUUUGUUAUCAAACAAAGUAAUGAAUUUUGAGUUGGUUGUAUUACGUGGUUACAUGGGUUUUGUUGACCAGUACUUCCUUCACAGCAUGGGAAAGUGCAAUUUGAGUCUUGGUGGGCGGCAGUGGAGGUGGGAUCUUUAUUCACAUCAUUCCAAAUUUUCACUUGUGGUGCUAUUUUAUCAGAGUUCAACAUCCAAAUAAUAGAAGUCAUAAUAUAUAGACAUCCUCAGUUCUUUGACUUUUGAGUUCUGUAAAUAAUGGAUUUUAGUGCUUAAUGCUAGAAACUAAAAGGCAAGCAAAUUGGUAUGAAAGCAAUAUAUGUUCUGUAAUGAUUAUUAAGGAUUUAUAUUGAUUCAAUGAUAACAUUUUUGCAACUUAGAAUCAGAUAAAUUAUUUUAAUGAUAGUGCUUCUUCAUAGGAUGUUGCACCCAAUUUUGUGUCACUUUUAUACUUUGAUAGACAAGAAAAUUGGAAGUAGUAUGCCUGUGGUUUGUUUUUUCCCCCACAAGGCUAUAUAUGAACAUCCACACACAUUACCAUUUUUACAUCAUCUUAAAAUUUUGACAUUUGCCUGUACAACUUAUUGAACAUAAUUUGAAAAAUAGGAAACAUCAUUUCACAUAAUUACUCAGGAACAGUCUGAUUUUACCAAGCCUUUUCGUCCUUGUUCACUGUUGUUGAGGAGUUCCUGAAUAUAAUAUUUCAGAAAGAAGACAGCGUAGCUUUGGUGUUCACUACUACACUUCUAAGUCUUUUUUUGUCUUGUGGGAUUUUAUUGUAUCAUCUAUUCUUGGUGCAGUAAACUUCAUUACAACAGCAAUUAAUAUACGAUCAGAAAGUAUAACUUUCAUGCACCUGAGUAGGCCUUCUUUUCAAAGAGGGUACCAUGACUAGCAUAGCUUUUUCUGCAUCACAUAACACUCCAUAAGGUCACAGCAAAUGUUUUUUAAGUUUUCUUUAGGUUGAGCCUAUAUUUUGAAUACCCAUUUUACAUAAACUUUUAAGUCACACUUCCUCCACCAGUCGUCCAUAAGGAUCAAACUUCAUCCCACCGAGCAAGAUAGCUCAGUAGUUAGUAUACUGGAAUCGCAUUUGGGAGGAUGGUGAUUCAAAUAUCUGCGUCUGGCCAUCGUGCUUUAGGUUUUCCGUAAUUUCCCUAAAUCGCUUAAAGCAAGUGCCAGGAUGGUACCUUUAGUAGGUAAUGGCUGAUUUCCUUCCCCAUCCUACCUUAACCCGAGCUUGUGCUCAGUCUCUAAUGACCGCACUGUUGAUGGGAUGUUAAAACACUAAUCUCCUCCUCCUCCUCCUCCUCCUCCUCCUCCUACCUUCACCCAACAUUAUUGGCAGGCUAUGCAAUGUCAAAACUCACUGAACUUAGUGGACAUCUGAUCUGGUGUGUAUUAUUAACAAGCUCUCUUUGUAGCCUACGAUUAAUUUCAUCAUCAUCUGUACAAUUUAGAAUUGCGCUUGUGAUUUCUCUCCAGUUACACGAUGUGUGACUACACAUCAUCUGUUCGUACUUUAUUCUCUUGUAAGACAUUGUUUCAGCUAUUAUUACCUUUGUGAUGGUAGGACUUUCAAUUAUAAUUUGCCUUUUUUGAAUUCACGUACAAAUUUUAUGACAGGACAAUAUGUCAAUGUCGGUAUUUUGUAUAAUGAUAUAAUGGUGUCAUUUGUGAAAUGGCAAAGCAUUUAGCUCCUAAGUAGGGUUCAAGUAAAUUUAAAUAGAAGUGCAAAAUUCAAAACCUACAUAUUUCUUCAUUAUUUCAAGAGAAGAAAAAUUGGAUGUAAUCAUUUUUUGCUUAGCUUAACACAUUCUCAAUGUAUGCAAAAAGUAUAUUAAAACAUCAAAUCUAUGAAUGAUUUACACAGUGAAAAUAGAAAAUGAUGCAUCAGAAAUUCUGGCCAUACAUCUUUAAGUACAAGGUUCUGUUCUGGAGACCUUGUUGCCUUACAUCUGACUAACUGGAUUUCUGGAACGGUUGUUGCAUGUAAAUAUACAAUUUAGUCACCCUGUUUGAGGCUGUCUUCACAGUGCAUCCAGCCUUAACAAUUAGUAUGUGUGUGCGGGGGAGGGGGGGGGGGGGGAUUUGGUUGGUUUUUCUUCUUUCCUUUAGAAAGGAUUCAGUUGCCUCUUUAAAGGGUAAUUGAGAAAGAGAAGAUAAAUGGGUUCUUCAUUGCAAAAUUAGGUAGUGUAGUAAAUUUUUUGGCAAUUUAUAAAGUUCACUUGCCCAGAUUAACAUUAUGUAUCUGUGGUUACAUUAUUUCAGAGUUUGGGUUUGUUCUAUGUACGAUUUUUAUCUGCUUUAUUCAGUUUUGAUUUAUUGUGUGUAUUAUGAGUAAAUAAAAAGUAAAUAAUGUUAUCAUUGAAUACCAAGCCUUGACCCUACCAACUUCAUGAAGAAGGAAAUUUAGAUCUUUUGAUGUUUGAGCUGAAUCUAUUUUGUAAGUCAUCUUUUUAGUUUAUCAUUUAUACAUACUCUUCAAGUUAAUGAUAAAGUAGAAAAAGAGAGUAUUUACCACUGCAUGACCGUACAGAGAGACUUUUUUGAAGAUUUAAACACACAAGAAAUAUUUUGUUUGUAUAUUUUUUUCUCCACAGUUUACCCAUUUAUCGUCAUAUUUCCUCAAGUAUUGUAAACAUUUAUAUACCACAUUUCUAGCAGAAUGAAGAAGACAGAGAAACUGUGUAUUAAUAUGAGUGUGCCCUUUCUGAACUUUUGGUAUACACUAUUUUAAGUGUAGAUUUCUCCAUUGCUGAUCAAGUUGAUGUUGAAGAGCUGUUAAACUGUUCUGUGAAGGAAUAAUUUUUGGACAGCGAUAAAUAAUUGGUGUACAUGAAGCCAGUAAUUCCUCUUUGAUAACCACCACACAUUCUUCACCAGUUAUUUUGCCCCUUAUUUCUAAGCCCAGAAGGCUAAUGUAUCUCUUCACACUCUGGGCUUUUGGAACUAUGUACUAGUAUUCUUAGUGGUGCAUUUGAAACAAGCUUGUUUCUAUCUAAGCUUGUGCAUAGUCUGACGUUCAUGCAACCCCCCCUCCACCCCCGUUCCCCACAUUCCAAAUUAGUCUAUAAAAAUAAUUACAGGAUUAUGUCUGUCCCAGUGUAUCUUCUGAAGAUGCAAGACAAUAAAUCAAAUCAUUUAUGUGUUAUUCUGUUGAAUUCCCUUAAUGUGUACUGCCCCAUUGAAACUAACUUUCCAACAUUUUCCCAGCUUUUAGUCACACAAGCAAAACAUUUCAAAAUAAUCACUCCUCCAUGACACUUAAUCUUUAAAAUCCACCCUAUAUUUCUAGGUACAGUUCUCAUUAUCUGUUUCAGCCCCAUUACUGAUCUUCCACCCUCUGCUAUGCACUUCAAUGAUUUACGGAGUAUGAUGUAGAUGUAAAAGUAGAGGAGAUCUAUGUGUGAAGGCAUGCACAGAAUUUAUAAUGUGUCUGAUAUUUUUAAUGGGUGUGGAUAGAGUGAAAUUAAGAAUGGAUGACAGCUUUUCAGCAUGGUUUCAAAGACCUCUGUGCUUGUUGCAGACUAACUUUUGUCAUCAGUAUGUCAUAAUCUCAAAAUAAUGUCAUUGAAACUAUGGUUUUGUAUAUAAAUCCACAAAAAGUAGAAUACACAUAGUGCACUGUGACCAAACUUUAAAAACUUAGUGAACAGUGCUUUGGUAGCAACAAUACAAUUUACUUAUUAUUAUAAUGUAGGAAAGUAACACGUAAUACUAUGAGCACAGACAAUGGAAGUCAUAAAACAGUUUCCUUGUAAGCAGUCAUAAUCCAGCCAUUCAUGUUGUUCCUUUAUCAGGACUUUGACAAACUGAUUUGGUUGUGUGUCAUUUGAGAUUAAAUUUAUUGUGAUUUUGAAUAUUGUGAUUUAUUUAGGAACUGUAUCAUAAAAAACAUAGAGUUUGACUCUGAAAGUACUGACCUCCUUCAGUAACAUGUUAUUUAUUGGAGAAACAGUUCGUAAAAUGACAGAAGCCAAUUGGAUCCAGUGCAAUUUUAGACUCCUAAAAGAAGUAAGAUAUGCUUGUCCAUCUUCUCUCCUCCCCCCUUCUUUUGUUCUAAUUAAGGAUUUAUUUGUAUUUCAGAUAUGAAGUUCCUUUGUUAUAGGUGUAGGGUAAUGCAAGUCUUGUAUGAUUAUUCAGAGGACUGUAGAAAUCUAUGAUACAGGUUUAAAACAUUGUUGUGCAAGCAACUAGUUAUAGUUAAUUUUGAAAAUGGAAAUUUAGACUGUAGCACAUAUGUUUUAUGUCCAAGUACACUCUAACAUUGUAAUUAUUAUAUUUCUGCUGUAUAUAUUGCUCCAUAAUGAAGAAUAAUGAAUCACCAUUUGCAGGCGUGCUCAUGUAAUAAAGAUUGUAAUGAAAUGUGUAAAUAUGAUAUCCAAAGAUUUGCUUGAUGUUAUACGCUUAUACUUAG